UCUUUCUCUCAAGUCUUACCCUCUCUCCUCCAUCCCUCAUCUAUACAACUCUAUAUACACUCCUCCCUAAUUAAACCAUAUAAUCACACACCAUGCGUCUUCAAUUGACUACCUCUCUGGCCCUCCUGGCCACUGCCUCCACCGUUGUCGCUGACGAUGUCGUCUCGGUCCUCUGGCCCUCCUCCGCCAGCGGUGAGAACUACAACGCCAAGCUGAUUGGAACCACUGGCGGCGACCUCACCACUCUGGUCAUCAACUGCCCCGCCACAGCCAGCGGCUCCGUGACCAGCGCUCCCGCUGCCACCGCCGCAACCACCAGCGCCGCCGUCGUCAAGCGUGCUACCACCGCCUCCAGCUCGGACGAUGACGAUGAUAACUUCAACGAUAGCUGCAAUGUCCCCGACAGCGGCGAGACUCUGACUGUCGGCAGCAGCACCUGGGCCUUUACUACCUCCGGUACCGCCUUCUCCGAAGAGGCCGCUUGCGCUUUCACCGGCACCACUGUCGCCUCCUGCGCCUUCACCUUCAACAUUGACACUCAGACUUCCUCCUCCAGCGGUGUUACCACCACUCAGCUCAACAAGGUCCCCAUCACCAUCACCUCCACUGUCUCCGCCUCUGCCACUGGCUCUGCCACCGGUAGUGGCUCCACCGCCUCUGCUACGGGCGAUGCCUCUGGCUCUUCUGCCUCCUCUACCGGCGCUGCUACUACCACCAGUGACAGUGGUGCGUUCGCUACUGGUGCUAGCCAGUGGGUUGCCGGUGGUGCUGCCAUGAUGGUUGCUUUGGCUAUGGCUUAAGCUAGCUCAUUCACAUACAUAUAUAUAUAUAUGAAUUGAGUUGAGGAAGUUGAUGUGAGUGGUGUUCGUGAUUUGGAAGCAAAGCGAGUAUUAUAGUAUAUCAGGAAGG